GCAGAUAGAAACACAACUGAAAUACAAGAAUGAGAUUCUUCAACACCUAAAACAUCUAAAACAAAAGAUGCUCAGCAACCAAACAGAUACCAGACAUGAACCAAAUGAGCUCAGAAUCGUGCUGCUGGGAAAGUCUGGUGUUGGGAAGAGUUCUACAGGAAACACCAUCUUAAGGGAAAAUAAGUUCAAAGCAGAACCCUCCUACAAGUCAGUUACAACAGUGUGUCAGAGAGAAACCACAGAGGUCAAUGAGAGGCUUGUAACUGUGAUUGACACUACAGGACUGUUUGGUACAGAUGGUGAUAAUGAUGAGGUAAAUAAAGAGAUUGCUAAAAGCAGCUUUAUGGCAGCACCAGGUCCACACGUGUUUCUGCUGGUGCUGAACCUGAGCCAGCGAUUAACUAAAGAAGAUAAAGAAGCAGUGAAGGUGAUCCAGUCCAUUUUUGGUGAACAGUCUGUAACAUACACCAUGACGCUGUUUACUGGAGGAGACGUACUGGGAAACAAAUCUAUUGAACAGUGCAUUUUAGAAGGUGAUUCUGAUCUCAUGAGACUCAUAGAGCAAUGUGGUAACAGAUAUCACUUAUUCAACAACAAUGAAACCAGAGAUCCCACCCAGGUCAUGACUCUCCUGGAUAAGAUCGACUCCAUGGUGGUGGUAAAUAGUGGACACUACAGCAAUGAAAUGUUCUUGCAGAUAGAAAAAACUCUAAACCAAGAAGAACAUGAAAGAAUCCUGCAGGAAAAAGAAAGACAGUUAGAGAAAGAGAAAGAAGAACUGAAAGAUAAAUAUGAAGCAGAGACAGCAAGGCUGAAAAUAAUGUUAAUAGAAAAUAAACAGAUAUUUGAAAAUACUGAGCAGAACUACAAAAUGACAGUGAAAUCACUGAAGAUAAAAGAAUCUGAUCUAAGAGAAAAAGUAAAAGCCAUGGACAUGGAGCUGCUGGAAAUGAAGAGAACUGCUGAAGAAGAAAGAAAGAUUCACAAGAAUAAAGAGCAGGAUUAUGAAACAACAGUGAAUACAUUAAAGAAAAACAAAUUUGAUCUAGAGGAGAAAGUAAAAGCCAUGGAAAUGAAGAGAGCUGCUGAUGAAGAAAGGAAUACAUUUAAGACUUAUAUGGAAGAAAAUAAACUAAAAGAUCAAGAAAAACAAAAGAGAAAAGCAGUGGAGGCAGAGGAACGGAGAGCUUCGGUGGCAAAACUAAAACAAGGAAACAUUCAGCUGAAAGAGCGAUUACAGGAAGAAAAUAAUUUAGAGAGAUGGGAGAAAUCAUUAAACACAACAUCAGAGACUUCUUUUCUCAUGGGGCAUCAGGUAAACAAGCUUGGAGUAACAGAACCUGGAUUAAAAUGUGAGGAAAAUAACGAAACAGAACAACUUUUAACUAGACUUCAUCUUCUCGAAAAGCAGAAAGUAAGAAUGAAAACUUCAGAUGUUCUUCAACUAACUUCUCUUUCAUUACAUUGUCAAGAACCUUGUGAAGAAAAAGAUCUGGUCCAAACCUUCCUACAAAGGUUGGUAAUGAUGGAUUACAGAGCAAGAUACAUCACCACCAAAGAAAUACACACUGCUUUAGACCCUCCUUCCUCAGAUACAGAUGAAGAAGAACUUGAUACAUUUGAUAAGCUUUUUUGCCAAGAGGAUGAUGAAAGUGUAAAAAAUCCUAUCCAUCCCAUGGAUCUUCAGAUGGCGGUGUUCCACUGUUCAGACAGUUUCUUGAAGCAACUAAUAGUGACUAAACUCUCUCAGUGUCAGUACGCUCUGCCUCUACUGGUGCCAAAUCCAUUUACUGGAAAGAUCGAGUUUCCUCUGUGGACAUUUCGCCAAAUUAUUCAAAGUUGGAAAACCACUGACACUUCUGGUACCAAGAUCAGUAAAACCCAGCAUGUUUAUGAAGCAGAAACUCCAAUGGUGGCGUUCUUCAGGUUAGGAGACGUGUCCUUUUCCAAGUCUCAGCUGAUGAACCUCUUGAUCAAUGAGAAGCAUCAGACGUUCUUCCACAGAAACUGUCCAGGCAGCAUUAAAAACCAUCUACUGAUGGAUGGAGUUGUGGAGAUUGCUUGGUACUGUCCAUCUGGAAAGGAAACUGAUCAUUUUACUGACUGUGUUGCUUUCUGUAAUCUACAUGGUGAUGCAGAAACCAGUGAAGAACAACUGGAUAUUCUGACUGAAAUGUCGUCUGUAAAUGUUGUUCUUUUAUCUGAUCCUAACAAUGAAAGAAAUAAGGAGAUGCUACAGAAGUUUCUAAAAGGCCCCAAACCACUCAUCUGUCUCCUUUCUGAGGGUGAAUCAGGUGUCACAAAGACUAAGAAUGGAAAAUACAGAAUUGGUCUGAAAGACAGAAACCAAUCAGAUGUAUCUGACAACCUCAGGACAACCAUCACAGAGUGUCUGUCCAAGUCAUCUUCAGUUUUUAAAAUUGAAAAUCUAUACAAAAACGAUGAGCUCAGCACAGAUGAAGAUGAUCCUGAAUGCAGGAAAGGAAAAGAAGCUGCAUUAGAGAUAAUAAAACAACUGGAGGGGAAGGAAAUAUCCACAUUAAAGGAAACACACCUGCCCUGUCAAGGGAAGCUCUGGUAUGAGUGGUGUCAGAUAAACAAAGACUUACAUCGACUUCAAGGAAACAAUUUAGAAAUGCAAAAGACUGAAAAACAAACACAAAUGAAACAAAUCCGUGAACAGCAACAAAAAGAUGGAGUCUCUGGCUUUAUGAAACAAAUUAUUUCCUCACUGAAUUUUCUAUCAGGAAAUGAAAAAUCAUUUUUUAUUAAAUGGCUUGAAAUUCUGCUGGACAAACAAACCUCAGAUGAUCUUUUAGAUCUUCAUCACAAGUACAAUGAAACAUGGACAAGGGUUUUAGACCUCAAAAAGAAACAUGACAGAAAAAAGAUGAAUGCUGAGCAAGCAGAACUUGAAGAAAUAUCUGUAAGACUGAAUGCAGCAACAUUUGGUCUGGAACACAUCUUCAGAGAGAUGGGUCAGAUAUAUGAGUCAAAUAAGAAAAUAUUUGAAGCAAGAGGUAUUUUUACUCUUCCCAAACUUGCUGCAGAACUCAUAAAAUCUGGUCUUCCACUGGAGUUGAUGGAUGGUGAUGCUGCUCAUGUUCCUCUGAUUUGGGUUUCAGCAGUUCUGGAUGAACUCAUAAAGAAACUGGGAGACCAGAGAGUCUUUGUGCUGUCAGUUCUAGGGAUUCGGAGCACAGGAACAUCCACCAUGCUGAAUGCCAUGUUUGGGCUCCAGUUUGCUGUCAGUGCUGGAAGGUGCACCAGAGGAGCCUUCAUGCAGCUGGUCAGAGUAUCAGAGGAGAUGAAGGAGCAGCUGAGGUUUGACUACGUUCUUAUUAUAGAUACUGAAGGGCUUAGAGCACUUGAGCUUGCAGGAAAAUCCACUCGUCAUCAUGAUAAUGAACUUGCAACAUUUGUUGUAGGUCUUGGAAAUCUGACUUUGAUCAACAUAUUUGGUGAGAACCCUGCUGAGAUGCAGGAGAUUCUUCAGAUUGUUGUUCAGGCUUUCCUGAGAAUGAAGAAGGUCAAACUAAAUCCCAGAUGUAUGUUUGUCCAUCAGAAUGUUGGUGACAUCACAGCUGGAGAGAAGAACAUGGAGGGCAGGAGACGUCUACAGGAAAAACUGGAUGAAAUGACAAAAUUAGCUGCUAAAGAGGAAGACCGUGAAGCUGAGUGCUUCAGUGAUGUUAUUGCUUUCAAUGUACAAGAUGAUGUUCAGUAUUUUGCACAGCUCUGGGAGGGCAGCCCACCAAUGGCUCCACCAAACCCCUCAUACAGUGAAAAUGUUCAGAAGCUAAAGAGAGCUAUUUUCACAAAUGCUACCAAGUCUCAUAGUAUGAAACUCUCAGAGUUUAAAUCACGCAUCAGUGAUCUGUGGAAGACUCUACUGAACGAGAACUUUGUUUUUAUCUUCAAAAACACACUGGAGAUUGCAGUCUACAGGAAACUAGAAACUGAGUUUGGAAAAUGGACCUGGUCCCUCAGAAGUAACAUGUUAGAACAUGAAGAAAAACUGCACAACAUAAUUAAAAACAGAAAACUGCAAAAGAUUGAGGACAAAGACCUUUAUGCUCACAUGAAGAAGACCAAAGAAGAAGUGGAGAAAUCAAUGAAAUGUUACUUUGAAGAGGACAGAGACAAAGACAUUUUAAUUCAGUGGAAAGUGAGAUGUGAACAGAGAAUUAAACAACUUCUUGAAGAUCUUGUCAAAAAUGCAAAAACAAACCUGAAUGAUUUACUUCAACAGCAAAAAGCUCGAGAAGCUUUUGAUCACAAAAAGACAGAGUAUGAUGAAAAGCUCUUCAAUAUGAGUAAAGCACUUGCUCUACAACUAAAAAGCACAGAAACUGAUGAACGAGUCCUCAGACAGGAAUUUGAUAAAGUGUGGAACAGAUGGGUCUCUGAUCUAACACAAGACACACCUGUAGAGAAACCUUUUGAUGUUUGGGAGGAUGUGAUACAGAUUCUAUCUGAAGGUAAUGAACAAGCUGCUGUGUAUGAGCGAAUAUCUCAGGAAGAUUACACAAAGAUACACAGACUGAGAGAUUAUUCAUGCUACAAGAAAUCAAAGCUAAAGCAAGGUUUUAUUUAUGUUAAGUCUUUUUUUACACAAGAUGAAAUGAGUCCUUUUGAGGUCCAGGAGUCAGUGAGGAACCUUAUCCUCAAUGUCAUCCAAGAAUCUGAGGACUUAAUCAAGAAGAUCUGCAGCAAAAUUACAGGACUGGGGUACAAGAACAGCUACAUUCAGGAAAUAACUGAUGAUGUCAAACACAGAGUUGAGAAAUAUCACAGUGAGAACAAGAAAAUAAAGCUGAAGAAAGAAUUCACUCUGGAUCUCUGUCUUCAUGUGUGUCACUUUGCAGAUUUCAAAUUCACCAAGAUCCACCAACAGUUCAGAAAUGAAAAUGAUGUAAAAUUGUAUCUAGAAAAGCAGAAACCACAAUAUUACAGCGUCUUCCAGAACUACUGCAGAGGAGCUACAACCACAACAGUAUUUGGUGAACUUGUCUACAACAAUCUUGUACCAGCCAUCCUGGAAGCAGCCUACAAUAAAACUUCUAUUGAUCUGUCAACACAGAUGAGAUCAGACAUGCCAGAAUUUAAUGGUAACAGGUCACAGCUUGAGAAACACAUCCUGAAAUCUCUGGCAGAGCAGGAGAACUUUGAUAAAUACAAGGAGUACAUCGACCAUCCCAAGAAACACUUUGAACAGUUUAUUACAGAAAAUGUUGAUAAAUACAUCACUGAAAAUAAGAGCGAGGUUCUGAAUCUUCUCAAAGGAAACCUGAAACACAAAGAGCAGAAAGUGAUGAACGCUGUGAACAUCACAACUGAAGAAGUGAAGAAGAGCAGUGGUGAUGCAAACAUGUGGCUGAGAAGUUUGAAGAAUUCACUAACAGAUGAGCUGAGCUUAAAAGAAAUAACCUGCACUGGUCUGAAGGAAAUUACAGAUUUAGAUUAUCUUCGGCAGGUUGUGUGUGAAGGUCUCACAAAGACGAUGUCAGAACAACAUAAAAGCUUCAACAGUGUAACAGACAUCAACAUGGAGAAGUUCAGGAAGAAACCAGAUGAGAUUCUGAUUGAACAUCUCUGUCAGUGCUGCUGGGUUCAGUGUCCAUUCUGUAAAGCCAUCUGCACCAACACAAUGGAGGAUCAUGAUGGAGAUCACAGUGUCCCCUUCCACAGAGUAGAUGGAAUCAAUGGUUGCUACUACAGAUAUACAACAAAUCUCAGGGCUGAUAUUUGCACAACUGUAGUAAAAAGUGAUAAAUAUUUCUUCCCCUGUCAUGAUACAGAUGUGUCAGUACCCUACAAACAAUACAGAACAGCAGGAGGAGAAUUCGCUAAGUGGAGCAUCACCCCUGAUAAUUCAGAGCUCACAUACUGGAAGUGGUUUGUGUGCAGAUUCCAAACAGACCUGGAGCAUCACUAUGGUAAAACAUUCCAGGGAUACGGAGAGAUUCCCACUGGAUGGAGAAACUGCACAAAAACACAAGCUAUAGAGAGUUUGGAUAAAUACAUCUGAAGAAUUAGACAAACACAGACAGUAUAUGUGUACACACUAACUCUACAUAUACAGACACACAUGGUAUAUGUAUACACACACAUAUAACAUAUAAUAAGUACUUAUUAACAUUAUCAAAUGAGUAAUCAUUUAUAUUGUCAGUGCUGUAAUUUCAGGGUUGUGAGAUUAGUAAGAUGUGCAUAAAUUUGAUAUUUUCUUUUAAAUAACUGUAAUAAUGAUUGUGGUUUUAAAUGUAAGUGAAUAUUACAAUAUCUCACAGCUCACCAGCAGUUUCAUUUCAGUACAUUUCUGCAGAAUCUCUACUGAAUAUUUUGAUUUAUACAUCAGGAUUAAGAUUUAUGGAUAAUUAGGAUUUAUAAAUUUCUCCACAAUACAAAUAAAGCUGAAUUCUAAAUUCCGCUCUAGUUUCUGAUUAACUGAUAAUUAACCAACAGUAAAUUAUUAUUCAAAUAACAUGAUUGUAUAUAAAUGUGUAUUCUAAAUGAAGUGAUCUGAGAUGAACCAAAAGACUGUGAAUGAGUUUGUGGUCAGACAAGUUAAAUAAAAAUAA